AUGCCUCAGGGCAAACCCGAUACCGGUAGAAUCGUGGCCGUUGCAUGUCGAAUUGCGAGACACGGAAGUGAAAUGGAGUGUUCUGGUCAGAUCAACGUUCCUCCUUAUCCGACCGAUCUAAUUCGAUUGGAGAUUGAUGGCGGUCGUUGCUCCUAUUUCCCCCAACUGGAUGCGAUUCUGUUGACGGGAUUUGCCCAAGUUUAUCCACUUGGUUGGCCCGGUUACACUCAACUUGAAAACGGUAUCACAGAUCUCGAUGUUGAUGCAUCCACAUAUGCCGCACAAGAUCCCGCACAUACCGCAUGCACACCAACACAGUCUAGUCCCGCACUUGCAUUUUUCGCGGAUCUUCUGAGACCGCGCGCACCACAAAUUUGUCUACCGGCUUCCGUGAGUAAUCAUCUUUUUCCCUAA